UUACAACCAUUGUCUAAACGUACCCAGGAGGAGAGGGAUUUGCCGUAAAGUUUUUCGUGAACCACCGGCAAAUCUGUUGAAUGCGGUAUUAGGGGAUACAAAUCUUCAUUCGUUGUUAUAUCAUGUUUGAGUAAGGCAGUGUAAGCAGGACUUUAUAGAUCGAUGAAAACCAGCAAGGAUAAAGAAGACGAACAGAAGUGAAUUAAAUUGUCUAUCCCACCAUGUCCCACCCGCCCCCUUUCCCGAUAGGGCACUGGAAGCAAGUCGCGAGCAGAAACGAAAACAAAAGUUGACGAUGCAAAGAAAGUCGUUUUCAAUUUAAUGGUAGGGACGAAUUCAAACGAGUGCUAGUAGCCGUUAAGUGGAACUCAAGUUUGUAUUGCAGGAGUUCGCGCCAGCUUUGGAGAAUACAAAGUUCUCAUAUCCAACGAUGCCCAUUGAAGAUGUGCUUCGAGCUUUUGCGGAGGAGAACUUUUACGAAAAUGACUAUCACCCAGUCUCCCACGGCGGAAGGACAUCGAUAAAACCUCUUGCUCUUCUGGUGAAGAAACCGAGAUCAGUUUUCAAGCGGCCAUUUGCAAAAACCGAAUUCACUGUCCUAGCAUUGUUGGAGGAUUAUGUAUUGAAGGACAAAAAAGAGGAAUUCACUAAAGCCGUGAGCUCGGCCAUUGUAAAAGAAGAAAACUUAGAAAUAGAGGAAGAUGACGUGGGAGAUGACGGAGCAAAACGUUUUGUAGACGUUAGUUUGGAAGCAGGGAAAUGUGUCAACUUUAAAAUCAAGGUUGCAGAUGACCUGGGAGAGCUGGAACUAGGCAAUUUAGAUCAGGAAUACAUCAAAGACCCUGAUCUCCGUGAAUUGCUGGACAUGACGGAUUUGGACGUGAAAAAAAUGGAAAGCCUUGAAGACCGGAAACUGCGCCUAGUAUUUUCCGUGAUUAACAGCGAGAAAUUUGUCCUUAAGGGCAAACGGGAACACGAGUUUCAGUUGGACGCUGGUUUCGAGGCAGAUAUCCCGCAGAUUGUUGAGUGCCUUGUAAAUGCUCAAGCACGCUUAUGCUAUAGAACGAAGACCAUUCCUCCAAAGGUAGCAGCGAGGUACACCCGGGGCCCGAUUCUCUUCAAGUUUGUUCGUGUGGAUUACGACAAAACUCAAGGGAAGUUGAAACUAUCUGAAGGAGAGUUUCCAGGGCAUGCUGUUCGUGCUCAGUCGCAUACAAAAGACACGUUCGAAACGUCAGGGAAAAAUAACUGGUAUACUGGAGAAUACGUCGAGCCUGAUGCCGGCUCGCCGCCGAAAGAAGAGUGUUACUUUGCAGAAUCUUUGACAGCUGAAGACAUAAAGAAACUUGAGACUAUCAAGGAAUCAGUGUUGAAGUCUGCGGAGAACAGAGAAAAACGUAAAGAGAGAGUGAAAAAGUAUCUCAGCUGGUUUGAAGAAGCACUGAUUACAGACAAGAAGAAGCUGUCUCUUGUUGAACCUCUCACUAAUGAAGACCGCAAGUUUCUUCAAAGCAUUUUCAUUCCCGUCCUCGACCGGUCCACUGUUGAUCUGUCAAGCUUCGACACGGAAAAGAUUCAAGGAUAUGCAAUAGUUCUUAAACAAAUUGCUGAUUUGUCAGAUGAGCAUUGGGAUAAAAUUGAGAAGGCUUGGGCUGAGCCAGGACAGAAUUAAUGAGUGAGUAGACCUAUGGAAAUUCAAGAUGUACAAUGGACGCAAGCCAAAGUCACUUAGAAACAAGGUUUUACGUGACUGUAAGCUGUGACUGUAACCUGUGAGCAGGUUUUCAGGACAAAAUAAACAAGUAUUGCUUA